GUGCCCUUACUCAACAUGGCCACCACAGAAUCGAAAUACGUCGAAGAUGGCGCAUCUGCAAACGCGCCACAGUCCCCGCCCCUUUCCUGCUUUCAGGGCGCGCUCCAGCUGCAUCUCCCGGAUCGAUUCUCCGACGACGACAUGUCUGCCAGUAGUCUCCUGGAGCCGAGACCCAAGGGGCAAGGAAACAAAGUACAACAUGGAUCUGUUCAUCAGAAAGAUGGAGUAAAUGAUGAUGAGUUUGAGCCCUAUCUGCAUACACAAGAGCGCCAGAGUAAUGGAUACACUGCCUUGUCAGAUUCUUACCUUCCCAGUUACUACAGUCCAUCCAUUGGAUUCUCUUAUUCUCUGGGUGAUGCCGCCUGGUCUACUGGAGGGGACCCAACACCCACUAUGCCUUUUCUUGCUUCCUAUGGUCAAUUAGGUAGUGGUGAGCCACACUUUUUGCCAGAUGCAAUGUUUGGACCUCUAGGAAGUGCUCCUUUCUUGGGACAACCUGGAUUCAACUUUUUUCCAAGUGGCAUGGACUUUUCUGCCUGGGGCAGUGGAGGAAGUUCUCCAGGUGCAUCUGCCCCUAGCUCUGGCUAUGGUGGUAGUUAUGCAUAUGCUCCCAGCAGCUUGGGAGGAGCGGUUUUGGAUGGCCCAGCAAGUUUUGGUGGUGGUAAAGCUGUAGGCAGUCUAGAGCAAAGUAUGGGAGCUUUAAAAUUGGGAGAAGGAAAUAGUAUUAAAACUGGUGUGACCAGUUUGCCCCCUGCAACUAUUGCUCCACCAAAACAGGCAUCCUGGGCGGACAUUGCCAGCAAACCUGCCAAGCCAAGCAUUGGAAAGGCCCUUCCUCCACCAGUUAAGCAAAACAUGGAAAUUGGAACUUGGGACAACAAAGUACCCACAGCCAACCUUUGCCAGCUACCUUCACCUCCAGUCCUUCAGCAGCCAACUUCUAUUAUAUCCUCUUCGUCACACGCUCCAGCUCGUUGGUCAGCACCUCGUAGCCGUGGUUCAGAGCAAGCCCUUGUAUCACACACCUCAACAGACCCCCAUCCUGUCCUGGAGAAACUAAGAUCCCUUAAUAACUAUAACCCAAAGGACUUUGACUGCAACCCAAAAUUUGGCCGAGUGUUUAUUGUGAAGAGUUACUCAGAAGAUGACAUUCACCGUUCUAUCAAGUACAAUAUAUGGUGUUCUACAGAACAUGGUAAUAAACGUCUGGACGCUGCUUAUCGCUCCCUGAAUGGUAAAGGUCCUGUCUAUUUACUUUUCAGUGUUAAUGGAAGUGGUCACUUUUGUGGGGUGGCAGAAAUGCGAUCUGCUGUGGACUAUAAUACUUGUGCAGGUGUGUGGUCUCAGGACAAGUGGAAGGGCCGAUUUGAUGUCCGUUGGGUGUUUGUGAAGGAUGUACCCAAUGGUCAAUUACGACACAUCCGGCUAGAGAACAAUGAGAAUAAGCCGGUUACCAACUCUCGAGACACACAGGAGGUACCUCUAGAAAAGGCCCGUCAGGUACUGCGAAUCAUAGCUAGCUAUAAGCAUACCACCUCCAUAUUUGAUGACUUUUCACAUUAUGAGAAGAGGCAAGAGGAAGAGGAUAGUACCAAGAAGGAUUCUCAUACAGGAUUUAUUCUCUACUCUUUAUGUGGAACCGAAAGAGCUAAGCAAGCAAAUGUGUGAUGAAAGUGUCAAGAACAUACAAAGACUCGGGGUCAAUGCCUCUGAAUUGUACCCCUUUCGCCAUUUUUCAGGGAUUACGAUAAUAUUGGAUUUAAUGCUGGGUUGCCGAUCAGGACUGGAUUUGUUCAGAAAAUCCUAUGUUCAUUUAUUUGUGUCUUUUAUAUUUUAGGCAGAAGCCGAAGUUUAAUUUUUUGACAGUGUGGCAGAAGUCUUGCUUCUUCUUUUCUUUUGCACCCCCUGGCCGCACCCAGUAUGUAUGUGUUUUGAGCGUACAUGUUUUGUUUGUGUUUAAAGGGGUCGUCCAUCAACC